UUGCCUCUCGGCAAAGACUUUUCGGAGGAGCAGAAGGACUCCACGGCAGGAUGCUACGAGCAGCUACUCAUUUCCACAGAGGUUUUCCUCACCCUGGGCAUUAUCAGCCUGCUUGAGAACAUUCUGGUCGUCGCUGCGAUUAUCAAAAACAAGAACCUCCAUUCUCCGAUGUACUUUUUCAUCUGCAGCCUUGCCAUUGCUGAUAUGCUUGUGAGUGUCUCCAACGCCUCAGAAACUAUUGUGAUAGCACUCAUCAAUGGGGGCAGCUUGACCAUCCCUGUCACGUUGAUAAAAAGCAUGGACAAUGUGUUUGACUCUAUGAUUUGCAGCUCUCUCUUGGCUUCCAUUUGCAGCUUGCUGGCAAUCGCAGUCGACCGCUACAUCACCAUCUUCUACGCAUUGCGAUAUCACAACAUAGUCACCCUGCGGAGAGCGAUGUUGGUCAUCGGCGGCAUCUGGACGUCCUGCAUCGUGUCCGGCAUCCUUUUUAUCAUCUACUCCGAAAGCACCACCGUACUCAUAUGCCUCAUCACCAUGUUCUUCACCAUGCUGGUGCUCAUGGCUUCGCUCUAUGUCCACAUGUUCCUGCUGGCCCGCUUACAUAUGAAGAGAAUUGCCGCCCUGCCGGGCAACGCACCCAUCCAGCAGCGCGCCAACAUGAAGGGCGCCAUCACCCUCACCAUCCUCCUCGGGGUGUUUGUGGUGUGCUGGGCACCCUUUUUUCUUCACCUCAUCCUCAUGAUCACCUGCCCCAGGAACCCUUACUGCACCUGCUUCAUGUCCCAUUUCAACAUGUACCUCAUCCUCAUCAUGUGCAACUCCGUCAUCGACCCCAUCAUCUACGCCUUUCGCAGCCAAGAGAUGAGAAAAACCUUCAAAGAGAUUUUCUGCUGCUCAAACUCUCUGUGGUGUUUGUGA